CGUAUUAACCGAAGGAGGCAUUCUCUCUUGGUCACAAGUCAAAUACUAUGGUCGCGCUGAAUACGACUUAGCGAACAACUUGCCUGGCAUCGCACAAAAUUAUUCGAGUUGUUUUACAAAAUAAUCAGAAAAUAACGAAAUAAAAAUAGCGAAAACCGGAAUACUUAAUAAUAAUAACCGGAAUAACUGGAAAAGAAGGAACCGAGUGGGGAAGAAAAGAGCCACAAAAGUAAAGAAAGAAUAUAAGAAGAAUUAAUGUGAGAGACAUACGCCUACGUGAAAAUAUCUAAUGUGACGACGUAAAGCUGUUCUUUCAUUGAGCUAGGAAUUAAACAGGAAAACAGAAGGGAGUGACAAGUUCGUUGCAAACCUGAGCUACUUCGAAUAUUUGAAAAUGGGUACUUUGCAGCAGCAAUCCAUUUUAAAAGGUCAUUCUUUCCAGUUAGGAAAGAAUAAGGAAGAAGAUUUAGUUCACGAGUUGUUUAGUUAUACAGCAAUGACUUAUAAAAAUCAAAUUGCAACAUAUUACGAAGAUGAGACCAAUCAAGAACAUGUGCUAUCUUUCAAAGAAUUAGAUAACAUUACCAAUAGAUUAGCACGAGCCUUGCAAAAAUACGAAAAAUUUGAAACAACUUCUCAAUCAUUGGUGGCUGUCUGCAUGAAAAUGUCACAUCGCCUUCCAACUGUAUUACUUGGUAUACUUAAGGCAGGAAUGGCCUACCUACCUUUGGAUGCAGAAUUUCCGAUUUCCAGAACAAAAUACAUUCUCGAAGAAGCACAACCGUUGAUAGUGUUGAUCGAAGAAGGAGCGAAUUUAUCAAUUUACGAGAAAGCUUCAAUUGUGACAUAUGAACAGCUUCUGAAAGAAGCUGGGGAAGAACAAGAAGAUACAUUAAAAACCAAAAAAUACUCAAACCAACUUGCUAUCGUUCUUUAUACUUCCGGAAGUACAGGAGAUCCAAAAGGUGUGCUUAUACCGCAUGCUACUUUACUAAAUCGUUUACAAUGGCAAUGGAGGGAGCUUCCAUAUGUUAAUAAUGAAGAACGAUGCGUCUUUAAGACUGCUCUCACAUUCGUCGAUAGUGUUCCGGAGAUUUGGGGACCCCUUCUACAGGGACGUACACUAGUAAUUGUGCCAAAAAACGUGACGAAAGAUCCGGAGAGAUUCGUACCACUCUUAGAGAAGCAUCAAGUACAACGCUUAGUUCUUGUGCCAUCAUUAUUGCAUUCAUUACUCAUGUAUUUGGGUCUACGAAAUAAUGACAAUGUUCUCGAUCACUUGAGACUCUGGAUCUGUUCAGGAGAAACUUUAUCGGUUGCGUUGGCCGAUCAGUUUUUUGCUACAUUUAGCAACAAAGAUAAGAUAUUGGCUAAUUUCUACGGCAGCACAGAGGUUAUGGGUGACGUCACGUAUUACCUUUUAAGCAACCGCGCACAAUUACAAGGAAUGGAGAAAGUGCCAAUAGGAAGGCCAAUCGAUAAUUGCAUAAUUUAUCUUGUGAACAAGGACAUGCAAUUGAUCCCUCAGGGAGAAGUCGGUGAGCUAAUCGUGGCAGGAAGGAAUCUUGCCGCAGGUUAUAUACAUGAACGAGACACACAUAAAUUUUUGGACAAUCCUUACGCUAUUGAACUAGAUGAAAAAAUAAAAAAACAAUAUCCAAAGAUUUUUCGUACUGGCGAUUAUGCUAAAAUCGUCAAAGGUUCGAUAAUUUACGAAGGGCGAAUGGAUUCGCAGAUUAAGAUUAGAGGUCAUCGCGUUGAUCUUACAGAAAUCGAGAAAAUAAUCGCCAGGCUAUCUGGUAUCGAUAAGGUCGUAAUUCUUUGUCAUAAGCCUGGUGAACUGUCACAGGCGCUAAUAGCUUUUGUUACCAUCGUUGAUGAUACGACUGUAUCUAGCUCGGAAAUUGAAAGCUUCCUCCAAAGAACGUUACCGCCAUACAUGUUACCACAAAUAUUUAUUAUUGACCAUAUACCUCUUUUAAUCAAUGGAAAAACGGAUCGACAGACAUUGCUAAAGCAAUAUGAAUCAUUUUGCCCUAAUAAUGAAAACGACAUUGCUACGAAUUGCGAUUACAGUGGUGUGUCAGAUCAAGAUCUUACAAAAGCUCGAGUUCUUUUUCGGACUGUCGCAUCCAUAAUAGGACGUAAUGGUCGUACACUAGUAACCUCGCAUGCAAAUUUCUACGAACUCGGAGGAAAUUCCUUAAAUUCCAUUUACACUAUAACCAAGUUAAGGGACCAGGGUUAUCAGAUUGGUAUCACGGAUUUUAUUACAGCAAAAAAUCUGGCCGAAAUAUUGGACCGCAUGAAACUCAUAUCUUCUGAUGAAAAACCUCUAAAGAAGAUAAUUGAUCAAAAAUCGUAUAUCUUUGAAUUGUUAAGUGAUUGUCACAAGGAGGAUGCGAUCGAAAUAAUCACAGAGAGCUUUUAUUCGAAAGCCGAUUUGGAACAAUGGUUAAUGCCGAACAUAACAAGAGCCGAUUAUCGAGAACUGAUGGAAUUAAUGUGGAAUCCUCUCGUGGAACAUGGCUUGAGUUUUGUGAUGAAAUCGGCACAGAAUGGCAAAAUUAUCGGAAUUACCCUUAACUUUGAUCUUCGGGACGAGCCUGAACUAAUACUGACCUCUAAAUUAACGAUUAUAUUUGACUUUCUCAACUACUUGGAAGAGCCGAUAAGAAAUAAUAAAUUACCAAGAGACAAGGGUAAAAUUCUUUAUAAUUUCAUGAUGGCAACAUACAAGGAGUUGAAUUUCGCGGAAAACGUUUUGGUGAUAGGACAGAUGGACGAGUAUUGUUUACAAUUCGCUCAACAAAAAGGAUACGCCGGAAUUUUUACUACAAAUACUAAUCCUCUCACUCAGCAACUUGAUACGGAUGUGUAUAAUUAUGAAACACUGUUGGUAUAUCAAGUGAACCAAUACGAGACACCUGAUGGAAUUAAACCUUUCGGCAAUGCCCCCGACAGUCAAGUAACAAUUUGCUCAUUAAAAAUGAUCAACUAAAAAAUGUCUUUUAAAUAAAAAUAUUAGUUCCGAGUAAAGCAUCAUAUUUGCGAUUUUUCAUCAAUACAUUCAUAAUUGUUAAUAAUUCAUUAAUUCAUAGUAAGGCGUCACAUAUCUUCAUUCUUUCAUAUCAUUUUUUUUAUUUUCCAAAUACCAGCAAACAAUAUGUCGCAAAUAAUAAUCGCAUAAUUGAACUACUAUUUAUAUUAUUUGUCAUGAGCAUAAUGCAAUUGUUAUUCCUUCAGUAUUAUUUCAUUU